UCGCUGUCUACAAACUACGCCCCGACAGAAAACAUUACAGUACUCAGUCCUCCUGCAUCUUUUACAACACUCAACUCUCCUUCUGUAACGCCUACGUCAUGAAGACCUUGAUGGUGCUGGUACUACUGUUAUUGUCACUGGUGCAGGGUGUCCCGGGGCUCUACUCCUACUGGCAGAAAUCAAGUCCUGGCCAGCGCUAUGUGAAGGAAGGCUCGUUAAUGGUGAGUGUGGUGUCUGCCAGCACCACGUGCGGCGUCCGCUGUACAGAGAACGUCCACUGCAUAUCUUUCAACCACAACGGUGUCACGCAGGAAUGUGAGCUGCUGAACACGGUGCCUUACUUAGCGGGAGACCACCUGUAUCUGGCCAAUGAAACAGACUGGAGUCACUUCAGUGUCUACGUUCCUGAGAAGGUUUUUAACGCCACUGCCCUCUGUCCUGUGGGAAGUGUGUUGCUGUCCUACGAACAGCCCGCCUACUUGAAGCAAGACUACGACCUACCGGCCUACGCUUGUACUAAUCACACCUACGUACUUAACCAGGUCGCUCUGGGCCAUACUGACUGCCGGAUGGUCAUUAAGUACGAUACGAACUUCCUUGGCUACAAUCAUCCUCACUUUCCUCACAACACAAUGGGCUUUGUCGACACCAUGGCCCAUUGCUACGAUUACGGCUGUGUCGGUGUUGUCUGCGUUGUCCGAGGCAAUUGUUGGAUACAGUAUGAGUCUUUCCUCACCUCCAACACGGAACCAAUUCAUGUGGUAGACGUUCUCUACUGGUAUGCUGUCUGCCAGUAACAUCUCUUUACACAUCCGCCACCACACUUACACCACUACCACACUUACACCUACACCACCACACUUACACCAAC